UGAGGUUGGGUUGACGCGUGCGCGGUGGAGGUUAGCGGCCGGGACGCGCUUGGACUAAGGAUAGUAGAGCAGCAGAUGAAGUGUUGGAAGCACAAAGGAUUGCAAUAUGGCCAUCCUUGACACGCCAAAGGAGGCUUUUAAUGUUCUGCGUCCAAUUUGUGUUAAGAUAACGAAGGAGCAGACCAUUACUAACAUACAGUGCCUUCAGUCAGAACUGCAGAAAGUUGGAGAUGUGGCAUUACAAGAUCUGCAGGAAUAUGUACUGUUUCCACUCAGAUUUUCACUGAAGACACCCGGUCCAAAGCAAGACAGGUUUCUCCAAAGCAUUGUGGAGUGCAUAAAUUUUAUUAUUUCUCGAACAUGUGUACGGAGUCAGCAACUUCUCCAUGAACUCUUCUCUGAACUUUCCCUUUCCCUGUCCUCUCCGGGCAACCAUGGAAAGCUAGCCAAGACUUCUGAAGAGCUUAAAAUGUCUGCUGUCCAAGGACUUGAUGCCCUACUGCAUUCAGCAUAUGGUGACAUUGUUCUAAGUUUAUAUGAACCAGACAUGCUUCCUGUCCUUGGUUAUGUUAUUUCCAUGCUCUUAAACAUUGCUGAACAUGAGAAAUCAAGACAGCUCCAAAUUCAUGCUCUGAAAUGUUUGUUGACCUUGAGUUUGCAAUGUGAUUGCUCAGAUACGCACUGUUCUUUUGACAACAGUGACCUGAUUCGUGUUGGAGACACAUUUGCCUCGUUUUUGCCUGGGGUCACUUUAGGAAUGACACGCAUAAUUUCUGGAGACGUCAAGCAGGGUUACUUAAUAACGACUUAUGCCAUCAGGGUUUGGUACAAGGUGGUGUGUAUUGUCAUGGCCAAUGAACAACUGUCCAAUGUCGAGCUUGGCAAAAAAUUAACUUGUACAAAGGAAAGUAAGCAUGCUGAACUUGUGAUCUGCAGAAAACCUGAAUGGGUAAAAAGCACAGCAAGCAAACUGGAUGUGCUCCUGCAGACGCUAUGUAGUUGUGCUGCUGGUAAUCCACAUUGGAAAGUACGACUGGAAUUGGUUGAACUGCUUCUCCAUUUGCUGUCACAGUGCAACAAAUCACUCAAAGAAUCCAUCAGCCAUCUUCUGGAAGUUCUUAUAAGGCUUGUAGGAGACGAAAGACCAGAGGUGCAGACAAGAUGCACUGAAGUUUUGAAGCAUGUCUCGGUGCAGUGUGUGUUGUGUGACAACAAAGAUUUCAUGGAUGUACUCUCAGAGAACCUGCAUGCAUUUGCAACAGCCCUCCCAAGACUCAUGAGGACUCAUGAUGAUCAGAAUAAAGUGGCGUCAUUAAAUUUGUUGCUUGGUUACUUAAGAUUGUUAGGUAGUAAAGUCAACAUCGUUCUAAAUUCAACUGUUCAUCUUAGGCGUCUGUCAAAAGCACUGAUGCAAAUCCUAGAAUUGGAUGUUACAGAUGUGAGGAUUGUAGAAGAAAGACAAUUGACUUCUGAAGCUACAAAUCUGCAGGAGUCAACACACUGCUCAUCCAGCAUAGAUUAUUUACAAGCAUGGGACAAGCCUGCUACACAGAGAAAAUACUUCAAAUAUUUUAAUGAAGGACAUAUAUUGACAUUGCUUCUACAAGUUUGCAGGCUUUUAGGUUAUUAUGGUAACCUCUAUCUACUAGUGGAUCACUUUAUGGAACUGUACCAUGAGUCUGUAAUGUACAGGAAACAGGCUGCACUGGUGAUUAAUGAACUAUUGCUGGGAGGUGCUGGAUUAGAUGUAUGUGUUCUGCAUGAAAGAGGAACUCCAAUUAGCACCAAUGAUUUGAAGGCAACCAUCACAUCUGUUGUUGAAGAAUAUACAAGCAUGGACAACUGGCACUUGGUAACAAGUCUGGAGUCAGAAUAUGAAGUUGGCCUCCAGAAAAACCAUGCAAAGCGUCAGGUUUUCACUGAAGGAAUCCAAAGCAGUUUCCAAUACUCAACUUUAACAGUUCACUCUAUGAACAGUAACAUCUGGCAAAUUUGCAUCCAGCUCGAAGGGAUUGGGUAUUUUGCUCGUGUGUUAAAGAAGGAGUUCCGUUUGCUUUUGAUGACUACUCUUUACCCGGUGUUAGAAAAAUUUGGAGCUGAAACUGUGCUUGUUAGUCAAAUGGCAAGAAGUACAUUGGUAGACAUAUGCCAAUCAUGUGGCUAUAAUUCAUUUCAAGAAUUGAUAAAUCAAAAUUCGGACUAUUUAGUGAACACCAUUUCACUGAAUUUAAGAAGAUUAGCUCAGCACCCUCACACAACCCGUGUUAUCAACGUUAUGUUUAGCUAUUCGGAUGCAACCUUUCUGCCUCUAGUCGAUGACGUGGUUCAGGAUGUGCUCCUCUCUCUUGAUCAUUACCAUAAUGAAAAUGCUCAGCUAAUUUUUACUAUCCUCCACUCCCUGUUAACAGCCAUUGCUUGCUGGUUUCCACUCACGGAUUCCGUUCAGAAAGUGGGGCAAUUUCAUGAAGCCUGCAGGUCUGGUACCACGGCAAAAGAGAUCCAGUGCUUUUUCCAGGAAUAUCAGAACCUAAAACGUUUAGCAGAAGGAGAUAUUGAAGGGAUCGAUCUGGACCAAACAGAAUGUGAAAUUCCCAGUCAAGCUGAACCUAAUGUGAACUACGACCAUCCUGAUGUGAAGAAAGAACUGCCAGCUCAUAUCCAAAUUACCAAGGACGUGAUGGAAAGAUGUAUUCACCUCUUAUCAGACGAAAGCAUUAAAUUGCGACUGAAGAUCUUAGAUGUUUUGGAGCUGUGUGUAAUUGUUCUCCAGAAUAAUCUGAAUGAGCUACUUCCGAUGGUCCACCGUGCGUGGAAUCCCCUUGUACAGAGAUUGACCAAUGAUGAAGCCCUCAUUGUCCUCAGGGCAUUCAAGGUGCUGUGCACACUGGCUGAUAUAUGCGGUGAUUUCCUGAGGAGCCGAGUUUCCAAAGACAUUUUGCCAAAGGUGACCAAAACUUUAGUAAGUCAAGCCCUUGUUAGUGUCAAGGCUGGGCCCAUCUAUAGCCACACACUCGCCUAUAAACUUCAGUUAGCUGUGCUUCAAGGACUUGGAAAAUUAUGUGAGAAACUGGAACUUAGUGAAGUUGACUUGGAUAUGGUGGCUAGCAGUUGUUUAUCAUAUCUGAGCAGCAGGCAGCCAAUAAAACUUCAGGAAGCAGCCUGCAGUGUGUUUUCCCAUCUGGCUGAAGUUGACCCUGAUGCCAUUUGGCUGAUUUUGAAUGAACUUUAUUGCCCAGAUGCUUACAAUCCACCACACACCAGCCUUCCACCAAUUCAGCUCACUGGAAUGGGAAAACCAAGGAACGAAUUCACCGAUAAUGUGAUUCAGCUUUUGAAGAGCUUAUGACACAAGUUGUGGUACCUGUAAACAUUUUAGGUAUCUCAACAUAAAAAUCCUCUCAUUUGGUGCUUUGCAUGAAUGUUGAUCUUGGUUUAAGAAAUGCAUUGAGUGCAGGAACUUAGUUGCUGCAGUACAUAAUUUUAUCUGAUGGACUUAGCACCUGCUUCCUCGGCUUAUUUUAUGUCACCACCAAAGAUGUAAGUACUUGACUUCUUGAUCUAUGACUCAUGGAAGGAUUUCACACAUUAAACAAUAGUCAUAGUGA